CGUCCCUCGCAGUCCCCCCUCCUCUCUGAGGCUCUCGCCGAGCCUCCGCUGUUUAAAUGGGCCAAGUUGAGAAGCGGCGGAGAGUGCAAAUCUUGUUUGGUCUGGGUCUGUGAACUUCAGCGUGACUUCAACGACAUACACAGGGGUUAAAAACAACUCUUUCCAAAACUUCCAACUGUAUUAAUGCUGUGCAAAUACUACUCGAGAAUAUCAAGCCUGGUAUGUUUGGCUUGUGGUUUUAAUUAAUGCCAUAUGCAACGUUGUUUUAAGUAACAGCAGAAAUGUACUAUUAUCAGUUUAUUUUUUAUUGUCUCCUCUGGCUGUGGAUUUUUGUCCUGGCCACGUGCAAACACCCCAAAACUGAAUCGACUUGCGUUGUUUUCUAAGACCGUACAGCCGGUUCACAAUUCCGCCUUUAAUCGGUGAAUAUACAACAAAUCUCCAGGCUACAUCUGAUUUCCCCACGGGCAAAAAGACAUGAGAGACACGACGCGUAGCUGCGACUCGUAAUGGUCACCAUAGGUAACCUCCCGUCCGGGCUCAGGGCUCACCAUGCCAGGUAUUAGCAGCGCGGCGGUGAUUAGAUGUGGGAGGUUAGAGACGCUGUGAGGCUGGCGGAGAGCGCUGCCGCCGCUGCGAGCUGGAAACUACUGAAUGGGAAUCUAUCCGGCAACUUCAGCAGACCGCUGUCUCGCGGCGACACGGGGGCUCUGCGUAAAACCAAGCGGCGCGUCUCCAAGUCUGGCUCAGCCCAGCUCACAGACGGAGCGCGCGCUGGAGUUGGAUCGGGCGAGCAGCUUUUCACUUGUUACCGGCGCUCGGCUCCCACUAACAUGCCUGCCAUCAAGAAGGAGCGUCUGGAUGGAGACGACAUGGCACUGACUGCGUUCAACCAGUCCGAAUACCUGGCCCCUUUAAAUGCCGCCGCUAUCCCCGUGGUGACCCCGCACCCGCCGCCCUACGAACACAUUUUCGCCCAUCACCGCGCGUACUUGGGGCUCCACGACUCGGCGCUGCAUCACCAGCACCUCCACCAUCACACGGACGACUUAAUGCUGGAGAGGUUCUCCUCCAUCCCCGACUUCCAGCCCUUCUUCGACAACGGGGAGCCGUGCAUCGAGGUGGAGUGCGGCGAAAACAAGGCUUUGCUUUAUAUCAAUAAAUUGUGUCAAGGUAGUAAAGGACCCUCGAUUAAAUACAGGGGCGAGUGGCUGACCCCCAACGAGUUCCAGUUCGUCAGUGGACGGGAGACUGCCAAAGACUGGAAACGCAGCAUUAGACACAAAGGGAAAAGUCUCAAGACUCUUAUGUCCAAAGGAAUCUUACAGGUGCACCCUCCGAUCUGUGAUUGUCCUGGUUGUCGAAUUUCAUCUCCAGUGAACCGCGGACGCUUGGCUGAGAAACGCACCAUCCCCCUUCCCACCAACCGGGUGCCCAAGAAGGAGCUGGCCUCCAUCUUCAGCAGUGACGACAGUGAAGGCAGCGAGCGAGCCAGUGGUGAUCAUGCCCACAUCAAACAAGAGGACGAGUUGCAUUACAGUAUCAUGAGAAAGAGUCGUGACAGUGACCUCUCUACAAUCAUCUCCAACCUGCACCACACCAGACAGCACGGCAUGCCCGAGGGCCAGUCAGCCUCCGACCACAGCACCAGUUCUGGACACACAGAUGACCUUCUAGGAAAGAGAAGAAGCUUCUCUCCCAGCAGCAGCAGUGAGUGUCCCUCUGACAGCAAGAAGUCACGUAGCGUAUCCCCCAAAGAAAACUCCCAGAGCCCGGUGGUGGAGGAAGGCAGCAGCCACGGCCACAUGAGCCCUGAGGAGCACUACAGGCGCAUGAUGUCAGCGCUCAGUGAGCAAGGGUCCUAUGAGGAGCAGCAGCAACGGCUCUACCAGCUGGCGAGCAGCAUGGGUCUGCCUGGCCACGAUAUGCUGCGCGCUCGCCAGGAGGCGUUGGCUGCAGCGGUCAGGAAUCCAGCAGCCUUAGAGGCUCACCUGCCCUCGGCGGGCAGCUCCUCUUCAUCCAGCCAGAGACGCAAGCAGGGUCUGCCGCAGCACCGGGACGCACAUUACACUGACAGAGAAAUGUCCCAUCCUCCACCCCUACUGUCCCCACCAACUGCCCCUCAUAUCGCCUUAGGACCUCACCUGCGGCCUCCUUUCCUGGGCAUGCCCUCUGCUCUUUGCCAGGCCCCUGGUUAUGGUUUCCUCCAACCAGCUCAAGCUGAGCUCUUUGCUCGGCAACAGGAGAUGCUGAGGAAGCAAAAUCUGGCCAGACUUGAGAUGUCGGCAGAGCUGCUGAGACAGAAAGAAUUGGAAAAUCUCCACCAGCGACAGCAGCAGCAGCAGCGUCUAUUGGGCUCUGAACCUCUGGGAGCUCUACCUCCUGGCCUGCCCCCCGACCAUCCAGCCCUGCGGAGCCUCCACGACAUCCCAGAGGGCCAUCCGCUCCGUGAGGAACUGGCCCGCCGCUCUAAUGCAAUGCUGGUGCUCCGCCAUGGGGCUGCGACACCACUCCUAACCCUCAACCACCACCAGCAUCAACAACCAGGACCGCCCUCCCCGCCCAAAGACACCCAGGCACAGAGAUCUACCGCUGGCCCAGAUGCCAAAUUCAGGAAGGCCCCCCGCACCCCCCAUACACCGCUCCAUACUGGGGAUCACACAGAAGGAAGAGAGGAAAGAGGACGGUUGGGAGACAGGGAGGUGCAUGAUGAGGAGAUGAAGGACUCGGACAGUGACACAGAGAUGUGUGAGGAGAGGCAGGACAGGGUCGCUGCCAAGUCGAGCAGUAAACCCAGGGACAGGGAGAGAGACGGGGUUAAAGAGACUAGCAGCAAGGCAGUGUGUGACAGUGCCAAGGAGACUGGAGAGAGCUCAGGCAGACUGAGUGCCCCUUGUAGUUCAACAGGUACGGAUUCACCCAGUCGACACCUCUUCACCCCUGGACUGGGCAAGGCUGAUGUCAGGUACCACUUGCCACCCGGCUUCAUGCCACCCCUACCUGCUCUUCAUGCCCAGUCACUGCCCUUUGGAUUCCCCUACGCCAACCCCUACUUUCAUACGGGCUCUGUGGGAGGUCUUUUCAUGGAUGGGGAGGACUCAGCCACAGCAAACCCUGUGGAGGACAUCAGCAAGUGGAGUGUGGAGGACGUGUGUGGCUUCAUAAGCAGCCUGGCCGGAUGUGCUGAAUACACACAGGUGUUUCGGGAGCAGGCCAUUGAUGGAGAGACAUUACCGCUGCUCACUGAGGAGCACCUGCUCAACACCAUGGGACUAAAGCUGGGGCCUGCGCUCAAGAUCCGCUCACAGGUGGCGCGGCGUGUUGGCAGGCUUUUCUACAUGACUGGAUUCCCGCUGGCGUUCCCGUUUCCGCCUUCUGCCGCGCUGCGCCCCCCAGAACGUGAUCGGGACCCCCUGACUACGCCAUCUGACACCCCCCUGCCUCUCUCUCUGUCCCUGCCCCACAGACCCACCUCAACCAGCAGCAGCUCCUCUCCAUACAGCGGCCCCACCCCAGGGUGCUCCUCCCCCAAGCAGGAAAAUGGUAACAGCGCCACGGUGGUGGGAAGAUACGAGGCCAAAACUCCUUCAUAAGGAGAAGACAGGCAGGGGUGAGGAGGCCGGACUCAAACUAACCCGACACAGGGAGAUGGACUCCCGGGCCAUAUUUGCCAGACUCUCCUGUACUUGGGACCUUUAUGCUGAAAUUUAAGGGAAAUUAUUGGACUGGAAUAAAAGACUACUGUACCGUAUCCAGCAAAACAAUCAGCUUAUGAGCUCCUCUGCAUCGGUUGUAGCCGAGCAGAAUCCAAACAAACUGGGUUGGAAGGGAGACACGUGAAGGGACAGAGGGGAAAAAAAGGAAAGAGGAAGAGGAGACAGCUGGUCACAGACAGCCUGCCAAAAAAAAAAAAAAAAAAAAAAAAAAAAAAAGGAGAGAAGGCCUGCCACAAAUGUGAAAUUCUUGCAAGUCAGACGCAAGCGGAUACUCUUCCUUCCUUCCUGAGCUGGAGGAAGCUCUGCUCCCUCACUUUCUUUCUCUUGUCUCCGUCUCUCUGACUGCUCUCACCAAGAGCCCUGAAACACCCAGGAAUUAAAAAGAGACGUCCUCCCUUUUUGUCAUCUCCCCUCCUUUCCCUAGCUUGUUUCCUGAGGCCCAACAGCAGCGUGGAGCAGUCUUUUUAGAGGCUCCCUCUUAUCACUGCAACUAUGCAUUCCACUGUCCCGAUACCAAAGAUGACCGGAUGUGUGGAAUUGAAACCAUGUUUCAAAACGUGUCUGCUUUCUUUUUGCAUCGACAGUCACAAAGGAAGACUGGUCCAACAGGGAAAUGCUAGGCUAGUGCCUCACAUGAUGUGACACAGGAAGAGCUGUCAUUUACUGACUUACAGACGCUUAAAAUGUUGGUGAAAUGGAGAAGCCUUAACGGCGGCUAUGGUGUGUGUGUGCGGCUUACGUCAUUGUAUGCUCGUGUUGACUACUGUGGGAGGUAGUAAAAACAUGCAAAAUUGUACAGAAUCAUGCUUAAGAUGAAAAUAUCCUGAAGGUUACAUACGUGGUACUUUUACUUUUUGUUAAACGUAGUUGCACGAAUAAGGUUUUCUUUACUGAAGAAAAAUGUGACUUGCUGAACUUUGGUGGUACUUUUGUUCAUACUCUUUUGUUCUGCCAUUUUAAAAAAAAGUGUAAUAUUAAAAGACGCUCCGAUCUUGAAUGCUACUUCAGCAUAUAAAUAUGAGGAAAAAAUAUUUAUAGGACUUUUGAUGUAGUAGAUAAAGCAGAUUAUGAUAUGUAUUAUAAUUAGCCCUUAAGAUGGAUUCCAAAGAUUCUUCAACUUUGUUUUCUCUUGGUUGCAGGGAAAAGAAAGGCACAAAGCUCUUAUUGCAAAUGUUUUGAAUUUGUUAUGGAUUUCUUUUUUUUCUUUUUUUUUUUUUUUUUUUUAACUACGCAAGCAAUGAAUUAAAAUGGUCUCUAGAUUUCCCUUCGAAAGUUUUGUCCUCAUCCUAUUUUUAUAUUCACCACACAGGUGAAAUAAAUAC